AGCGAAGGCACGUGUAAAAAUAAACAUUAAGCUAUGACUUCAUUCUCCUUCUGCUGGAUCUGCCGCACUAAUAACUGACUAGCAGCGGGCGAGAGGCAAUCCAGAACGAAAGGUGCAUGUCAACGCGAACUGAGUCGCCUGGAUUCUCCCUCUAUCUAUCAUAUAAUUCACUCUGCAUUCUCUCCUAUUAGAUCUUCUCUUCUCCCUCUAGCUCUGUACAAUCCACCCACGUCACACCUACCAAGAACCUUCCGCAACCAUGCCCUCAGAUCUAGCACAACUCAUCGACAUGGGAUUUGAUGCAGAGAGGGCUCAGUUAGCUGUAUCCAAAACAGGAGGAUUACAAGGAGCCCUCGAAUGGCUCGAAGCCAACCAAGAGAAAUCCCUCGACGAAAUCAAAGCUUCCACCUCCGCCACUACCCAGCUGGGCAUCGACCCAGAUGAGCCACCAGCGUUGAAACCGGGCGAAGAAGCGAGAAGUCUUGUCUGCAACCAGUGCGGGAAGCGGUUCCGCAGCCAGGCCCAAGCUGAAUUCCACGCAUCGAAGACGGAGCAUGUUGACUUUUCGGAAUCGACGGAGGAAAUUGCCCCGCUGACCGAGGAGGAGAAAAAGGCUAGACUGGAGGAGUUGCGGCAGAAGCUAGCUGCAAAGAAGGCGCAGAUGUUGGAGCAGGAUAAAAGUGACCAGAAGAGGAACGAGGAAAUACGAAAAAAGUCCACAAAGGAGACACAAGAUCUCAAGGAAGAGCUCCAAAAAAAAGAACAGCUGAAAGAAGUUGCGAAGAAACGACGGGAAAAGCAAGAGGAAGUAGAAGCCAGGGCACGUAUAAGAGCCAGGAUCGAAGCUGAUAAGGAAGAGAGGCGGGUGCGCGCUGAGAGGGAAAAAGCUGAGCGGCAAGGUCGUGCCCCGCCCCCUGCCGCCGUGCCCGCAACAAGCCUUGCUCCAACCACACCCGCUACGUCGAAACCGGCUUCGGCCUAUACAGAAUCUCGAUUACGUUUGCAAACACCAACUGGCAAUGUUAUGAAAACUUUUCCCGUCGAUACGACCCUGUUCGAGGUGGCCGCGGCAGUGACUCAGGAAAUUGGGAUGGAGGUUGAGAGCUUUACGCAGAAUUUCCCUCGGAAAGUGUUCGAUGCAGAGUCAUUCGGAGAGACACUUAAGCAGCUUGGGUUAAUUCCCAGUGCAAGCUUGAUUGUGAAGUAGUUUUUGUUAUUCUACUUCUGCUUCUUCUGUUUUAUUCUAUUUUUUAAUUUACCUUCAUAUCAUGAUCCUCUGUGCUUUUUUAUUGUGUGGUUGCUAUAGCAUCCCCCAACUAUUGCAUAGAAUUAAAAGAGCACAUAAUGGUUCAUUUGGCAUUGUUUAUAGCGAAUACCUAUGGCAUUGAUAAAAAUAAAUUGUAUGAAGUCGCUCCGUUUCGCCCGAGUCCUUAUCUCCAAUCUAAGAACUUACGCACGCAUUUACGGGUAAGGAGUGCUUGCCUAAAAAUUCCAUUACGUCAUAGCUACAUUCCCGAUCUGCUCAUAUAACAUGAAGACAUGUCGCGUACAUGAUAAAUUUCCC